UAUGAGAAGCUUAUACACUGUGACAGAAGGUUCUAUGAAUUAUGCCAGAAACCUUUCCCAAGUCUUCGAUCUCCUUGUUUUGAGUCAAACAUUUACAGAUACACAAAUUUCACUUUGGAUAACCAUAUGGAUAGACCAAAUGCUAACCAUGGCUUGCAGUUUAAUCAUGGCACCCCUUCACCUCAGGUGGCUGUCCAACACGUUCCAUCUAAUUACCAUGCAUGCCAGCCAUCUUUUCAAGGAACACCUUCACCCAUUUCAGUCAUGGAAUUUUCACAUUCAAAUGAGAUUAUCAAGAGACUACAUGAUAACCCUAGAAUGGCCUUGUGGGGAGAAGGGACAAGCAAUAACUUAGCAGCAGCUCCGAUUGUUGUUCCAUUCAAUCAAGUAGAUUCAGUUGUUUCCUUCCAAAACUACAGCAACCCAUUACCUUAUUAUGGUCAAGGAGGUAACCCUAAUAACCAUGUAAAUCAAAUGUUAAGUAAUGUUAAUCACCCUUUGUUUAGUGACACUAUGGUAGAAGGUUAUAAUGAGACAAAUCAAAUGGCAAGUGUGGAUUCCCUGAAUGGAUUGGUCAAUCUCUUCCAAGAAGGUAGUUCACAGCAGACAUUCUAUGGACAAGGAAUGGUUACUGGUAACAAUGGCUUGGGUUUGGAUUACAGUGUAAAUCCAAGCAUGCAAAAUUUUGGUGGGCAAGUUUUUCAACAGCCUGAUUCAAGCAUUCCUUCUCAGGUCCAUCCAAGCAUGCAAAAUUUUGGCCCUUUCAAUAACGACAUCAAUCAAUUCAAGCAUUGAACCUGACAUGGGAUGUUGGAUAUUGUAUAGAUUAGCAUUGCAUC